AUGAUGGAUGGUGGUGCACACCAUGGGGUGCCAUCGGAGGAACUUUUGCUAUUGUCAUCAGAUGACGAAAAUGAUGCUGACCUGGUUAUCGAUUAUCUGAGCGAAGAUCACUCCACUAACCUGAAAUGCAAGGAAUCGUCGGCUAGAUCGCCAGCCACCGCAGAGAGCAACGGGCAACGGUUUGAGGCUUCCCACGGUAACGACAUUGCCUCGGACGGAUUAGCAAACGGUAGCAAUAGUGAUACAGGUACAAAUAAUCACAAUAGUAUGGUGCCAAUCAUUAGCGUUACCCCGCACAGCCCUGGAGCUAAGUUUAAUUUUCUCGAGGACACCCUAAAUCAACUGCAAUGUAUCCGCGAAAGCGUAGCACACAUGAAAAAUGCAACAAUACAAAAUGCAGCCAUCGGUGGACUCGGCUCCACGGUAUCUUCUUCCAAAAUGUUCUGCUCCUGCCCGUCUCUACCCGAUCUUACCAUUUCGAACCCAAUCAACGUGUGGCCCCACCACCACGUGCUGUACGGGUUGAACAACGAUCGAAGAAAAUCAUGGACCGCGAUCGAAGAUCUAACAGAGUGCACAAAAUCAUCACAUAAAAGCGUUAGUCUGUCCAGUUUGGACAGUGAAGAGCAGGAGUCUCUACGGGCCGCCGAGCGACUGCACAAUCGCACCAGUAGAAACAGUACCGGUGGCAUCUCUACACACUCGCUAAAUGAAGCAGAAUUGGCCCGAGAUUUUGAGAAAGUGGUAGCGAAGCGCAAUCUGGUGCCAGUGGUUCCCAGAAUACCGCUGCAGAAAAGUAUAUCGACGCCAUCAAUAGCGCCAGUCCGGAAUCAGAGCGCGAAAGAGGACAACAUCGCCUCUGCGAGACAUCUUUCCGACAGUGAAGAUGAAACUCAUGAUCGAUCACUGCUUUGCGUGAGAGAUAAAAAUGAAGAAUAUACGGAGCAUCAUGAAAAGCGACGAAAACGUGGGUCAUUGUUCUUCCGGAAGAAGAAAGAUAAGGCAAAAACAAAAGGACAAUCUUCCGUCUGCGAUGCAUGCGGAGCCGUAAUAAAUUUGGCCACCUACAAAGAACAUGCCGUCGAGUGUAAAGCAAAAAUAGCAAAGAAAUAUUUCCAAGCCCAACCAAAACCAAGUUCCAACAAAAAGAGCUCCACAAACAGCCACAAUUCCUCGCAACACGAUGAUCAGGGUAGAGACUAUUAUGAUGGAAACGUGCAUAAUGAUAACACUAAUUACUCGGACGAGGUGCCACUGAUCAGGGACGAGUUUUUGCACGAAACUCCCAUCGGACCGCACGAUCUCGGGGCCGAACCGAUCCUGGGCGUUGCGCUCGACGAGCACGACUCUUGGAGUCCCAGCGUGCCGAAGGAGGUGGUAAAAACGUUGAAAGACAAACAGGUGAAACGUCAGGAGCACAUCUAUGAGUUUAUCAUGACUGAGAAACAUCAUGUUCAAACUUUACUAGUCAUGCAAAAGGUAUUUGUCGAAAGCCUGCAGAAGCACUUCAGCCACCUGAACCUGGAGCGGAUGUUUCCCCGGCUGGUGGAGCUGACGGAGCUGCACACGGGCUUUCUACGCAAACUGCGGCUCAAGCAGCGAGAACAUCACAUAGUCGACAGCAUCGCCGACAUACUGUUGGACUUUUUUUCGUCCAUGUCGGCGCAGAAACUGAAGAGUGCGUACGGUGAGUUCUGCUCGAACCACCGCUCCGCGCUCGACACGUUCAAGUGCUACAUGACCGGGGACAAUGUCUUCGCCGAGUGGUACAAGCACUGUCAGCAAAAUCCGCUGCUCAAGAAGAAAGGCAUACCGGAGUGUAUACUGUUUGUGACGCAACGGCUCACCAAAUAUCCGCUGCUCAUCGAUCCACUGCUGAAGAGCUCGCGCGAGGACAAGAUCGAGCAGGAAAAGCUGCAGAAGGGAAUGUCUCUGGUGAAGGAGAUUCUGGUGGACGUCGAUGCACGAGUCGCUGACAAGGAGAAGGAGGACCGUCAAUUAGAAAUCUUCAAGCGCAUCGACGCCAAGUCGUUUGCGAUAUUCAAACAGGAUAAAUUCAAAAAAUCUGACAUCAUAUCAUGCAACAGGAAGCUGAGAUUCGAGGGAGUGGCAACUCUUAUGCAGGGCAGAUCGAAGAUGCAAACCGUGCUUGUGGUCGUGCUGUCUGAUUGUUUGUUUUUCCUGUUGGAAAAUUCCCACAAGUAUUCGUUCUUCACCCCAGAAAAUAAGGCAAGCGUCGUGUCUUUGCAAAAGUUGUUGAUCCGAGAAAAGGCCGGCACCGAGUCGCGUGGCAUCUAUAUAAUUUCAUCCAACCCAGCGUACCCCGAAAUGUACGAGUUGAAGGUACAAAAUCCGAAGGAUAAAAAUGUUUGGAUUCAAUCGAUACGUGCUGCAGUUAUCGAUUGUCCAUCGGAUGAGUCGGAAACGGAAGAUUACAUGAGCAUGGAACAGCGACAGAAAAUGAUUGACUUGAAACAGGCAAACAUUCGUGAAAUUAUAUCGCUUGGAACAACUGAAUUGGAAGGUAAAAUGCGGCAGAAAGAUUUUGAACAAGCGAUAAUGCUGGAAGAGAAAAUUGCACUGCAGCUCAGCUUGCUCUUGGGUAACGAGCAGAACGUUGAGCAGCUCGGGCCGGCGGUCGAGUCAUUUAUCUCUAACUUCGGAUCCUACCGGGAUCUCAUCUCCGACGACUGUGAUACUAUAGAAAUAUGGAAACGGGUGUUGAACUCCAUUCAGGAAGUAAGCUCUCUGGCAUCAUCACUCUACACGGCCGCCACCGGGCUGCCACUGUCCAGAUCGAGCAGUUCUGUCGGCGAGCGACAGAGCGAACUGUACAUCUCACCGACGCUGCCGAAGCGUGCCGAAACGUUCGGUGGUUUCGAUGAACGGCGCUCCAAGCAGCUCAUGGGUGUCGGAUGCGGUGUCGCUGGGGCUGGGACACCGACAAACACGGCCCAUUCCCGCGAUGCUGUGCUCUCCACGCUGUCGGCCGGUUACUUUACCAAUCGCGAGACGUACGAAAAGCGAGAGCAGCUGCCGAACGUCGGUCACCAUCAAUCGUCACCUUCAACGGCAGACAUCGAAUCACUGCUGAUGCUGGCCAACCCGCACGGUAUUUUGCACGGUCAGCAGGCAAAGUUGCAGGCGGCAACCGAAGGAGGCUUAAUAUCGGCCGACUUAGCCAAAGAUCAGAACUACGCGGCUCUACACGUGUCCCACCACCUUCACACGUUGCUGUGCAUCAUUUCCCAACAAAUGACCACCAUUCAAAGCCUGCAGCAUCAGCUGAGCAGUUUCCGGGAAAAUCCCAAAACAUUGUACCGACACAAUGAUCAGCUCGAGGAGCUCCGGAACCUGCAGGAUAAGCUGCAGGAAGAGAAGACGGCCUGGCAAAAGCAGAAAGAGCACGAGGAGCGCGAACUGGAGGACACCAAGCAGUCGCAGAAAACGCUUCAGGCACAAAUUAGGGCCGAACAGGAGGACAUUAAGCAGCAGCGUGAGCAGCUGUAUCGAAAGAUGGAAAUUCUGUCCAGCCAAGGACUGCUACUGUCGCCCAGUGUUGCAUUACCCAUACCGACGGGAGUGGUCUCAGCACACGAGGACACUCAAAGCGUGUACGAGGAGCAUCAUGUGGACAGUGCGUUCGGUGGUAGCGCAACCGGCUCAUCGCUGGUCGGUUCUUCCGUCACAAUCGAUCGGAAAAAGGACAAAUGGCGAACGGCUAGCAUAACAAAAACGCCUCCAGCGAAUCUCGUCAGCGCUACGAAUGCAGCCAAGAUUAAUGCAACAAGCAUAAAGCAACAGCUUCCGCUGAAGCUGUCAUCGUUGUCAAGUACGAAGCAGGGGUCCUCGGCGAGCUCGGGUCUAACAAUGUCCCCGCUGAGUGGCAACGUCGGCAUGAGUGGGGCGGCGAGCGCUGCUGGCGUCACACAAAUGUUUCCUCUGAAGUUGGCAGACAAAAAGAUCUCCUCCAGCACACCAAACCAUUCACGAACCGGUAGCAGCCCUGCAGUGAUUCAGCAGCAAAUUCAAGUACAAUCCGGUAAUCCUGCCACAAGGACAAAUACCUACCCGAAAAUACCGGAACGUUUCCGCCUAAGAAGUUCGGAUAAUUAUCCGUCUCCAUCGAGCGUGGCCAGUUCACCAGGUGCACCAUAUCAGUAUUCGCCGCUUUCGGGCACUCUGCCACUUCAGCAGGCACCACCUUCGUCAGCUAGGGGCGUUGGCGGCCAGCAGUCCGAAGGUGGUGCUGGUGGUAUGUCACCGCUCUCUUCGCAUUAUUCCACGCACCACCAACACAAACCGGAUUCGGUUCCAUUGGCGAACCUGAAGGACGACGGCACCAAGGGCAAUAACAAGGAAGAGGAAGUGAUGUAUUUUUGAUACACACCGGUUGAGGUUGAGAUCUAAGACGGGGCACUGGAGCUGGCACAACCGUAAGUAACUGCUUCCUCUACGUCUUUUAACCCGCGCUAGGUGCGGGGGAUUUUCCCCUUCCGAUAUGGUGAACGAUGGCAUAGUGCCGAUGUGACAAAGUAAGGUGGGCGAAUGAUACAAGAGCUGUACUGUAACUUAACUCUUAAGCUACUAUGGCCUACAAAAAGUGUAGUAUAGUAUUUAAAAAUACCGAGUAUUAUUAGGUAUGAAUGUUCGAUAAUUGUCAAAACAAAACCGAGUGUAUAUGCUAGUAGCAGGUAGCAUCCAUGCGUUUUAUCUGGCGUGUUUAGUGGCCAACAAACGGUUCUGUCACGCUGUCGGGCGGGUGGAGAUUUUGAAUGGUUGUGCACCGUGGGAUGUCUGGGAGCGGCACACAGCUUUUGUACUGCAUGCAUAAUGUGUUUUAUAUGCCGAAGAAAUCCCAGAACCCCUCUUCACUAUCAGUUUCCUUCACAUGUGGGCUACUCCUUUACUGCUGUUAUUGUCGUCGUAGUUCAUCGCAUUUAGGUCAACGCCGUUGGCAGCGUUGUUUGUUAAACACGCAAAGUUAGUUCAAAACUGCCCCUCGAUCGUUGUGUACUUCACGUUAGCAGCAGCACAAUAGGGGACUAUGUGUUACUAAUGACUCGCUAGCUGACUUUACUGAUUGAUACUGUGAUGUGUAGGGUGUUGUGGCGUCCAUCUUUUUAGUACCUUUAACUGCGUGUGUUUUGACGAAACGUGUCCGUGCACAAAAGGAGCAGUUCUCUUGUUCCAUUAUAUGUUCUUUUACAACGUUCGUUCAUUUUAUGUUGUUCUUGUUGUUACGACGCCAAGCGAUAUUGACAACAGAUGUUCCAUGCUGAACAGAUGUUGGAACUUUGACUCUAAGACUGUGUACUGAUAAAAUACAAAUCAACUCCUUUUUAAACCAAGCGGCGGCGGGUCAGUUACUAUAAGGCGGUUGCGAUCAGUUUGUUCUCCGCUCUACUUUGCAUAUCGUCAGUAAUUUUAUGAUGCGCGCCCCCCCCCCCAUCUACGGCACGAAAUAUAUCGGCUGCCGGAUGUGUACUCUGUGAGCACCGUGUUCUCCAUCGUAUCAACCGUAAUCUAUGUUCUCGUAGACAUAUCGCCGCGCUAAGACUGGUUCUGUUGUUUCGUUUUUCGAGUCUUUUUUGUACAAAAUCUGCCAAAAACACAUUCCUCGAGAUUGUAUUCACACAAAGAGAAUCAUCUACGACGAAAAAAGCGAGUAAGAACGGCGCACACGGAGGAAAGUAAGAGAAAGAUGACACAAAGAUGAUGUGUGUGAGUGCGGGUGUGGUGUCCAGUUACACCGAAAACAUGCUCCGUUUAGCUAACUUCUUGACAAUACAAGUAAUGAAUUUUUAAAACUGAACAAGUAAAAACAAUGAAAAAUUACUAUAAACAAACAAAAAGGCAAAAAGAAAAACAAUCCAAUCAAAGAAUACUACCUAAGGUACACAAAAGAGAGAAACCCUGCUUAAGACGACUGACGGCCCUCGAACACGAAUUAGUAAUUGUGGUGGUCUGGUCAAAGACAGAGAGACAGAGAGAACGAUAAAAAAGAGAUAGAGAGAAAGAGAAAGAAAGAGAGAGUGGCGCGUAUAUGAAUAUUUAUCCGUAGUAGUCAUUGAAGAUUAAGAGAACCGCAUUAGAACUACUAUUAUACCACUCUUAUACAACAACAAUAAAUACGUGUACAUUACCAUUACCAGAGACUUAUUGCGUGUUGCGGCAGAUGAAAGCAAAAUUCUAUUUUUAUGGAAGUAGCUAUGUAUACACCCGUACAUACAUAUAUAUAUAUAUAUAUAUAUAUAUAUUGAAAGACAUAAAGCUAUAUCUAGGUUGUACACACAUAUACCUGCAUUCUAGAUCGUAUAUGCUGUAUAUGUAUCUGAAGCACGAGUAUAUAUGUAUAUAGGGUAUAUACACUGUAUGGGUACAUAUAUGGUCUAUACAUAUAGUAUAUAUGUAUAUAUUAAUCUAAACCAUAUUACAAAAGAAAGACUCUGAACUGCUCAAUCACUUUACACGAUUAUAUUUAUAGCGUCAAUCGCUAUCCCUCCAUUAACUACUGUUGGCCAAUGCUGUUAACAUUCCUCUUUCUACCGUUGUUCGACUUACUUCGACUUGUUAAAGAAAAAUAGUACAGUCCAUAAACCGAGAGAGGGGAACAUUGUUGUUCGAUUAACCAUUGUCAAUCAUUUUACUGUGGCAGUAAACAAAAAAUUCCGUUGCGUGUGCGUGUGUGUGUGUGUAGUGUAUUACGAUAAUAACGGUAGUGAGUUAGUGCGCGGGUUUUACACGCUUCUCUCCGCGACUUGUUGUUAUCUUGUUCAAGUGAUGAAACUUUUGCAUUUACUAUCGUAACUAAGUUUCCCGUACGUUUGGUAGUCCCAGCUGCUGUGCUGGAGUGUCCUUUAUCACAAAGUUGCGCCGAGGGUGUGCAGAGAACUUACAAAUCAGCGCGCACCGCCACACGCACAGACAGACAGACAGACGGACAGACUGUUGAACACUUUGGCCGGCGCUUGCAAAACUUCUGCCAACUGAAGAUGGUGUGUAAUUCAUGCAUGUUGAGUGUGCGCUAGCAGCUUACACAGGUGUACGAGCGACAAAAAGGCAGGAGAACAACAAAAAGGUGUCCGUGGUAUUUCAACGAAUCAAUAAUUUUUCCACUUUUAUGUAAAAGUAGAUUAGUAGAGGGUAUAAAGCCGCAUCACAAGCCUCUAAAGUACGCAUCAUACGAUCCACCGAAUUUCUCUUCAAAGAAAAAAACAUACCGCAAAACAAUCAUGAAUUUAGACUGUCGAUAAUGGUACAUACUGGAAAUGUAAUAAAAAUAAAUAGAACGUACCGAAAGCGGGGGGCGCAAACAGCAAGAAGAUGAUCAAUCAAGUUAAUGUGUAAAAUGUGCUCUCGAAAGCCAAGCCGUAAUAUAAGAGGUAUGGUACACAGCGCACAGCAGUGUGACUCUGUUUAGUGGCCUCAGCCGGGACUCGGGUGGACUCUGCUGCGCAGCGUCGGAACUAGUGACACAGUGUAUUCUUCGGUUUAGGUUUUAUGGUUAGCACACCCUUUGCGUCUCCGAAGCGGCUGCUUAUACCUGCUUCCCGUUUCUAUAUUGCUUCUCCGCGGUAGACCGCGCGUGUUCGAGUCACGACAAAUAGCACCCACCCGUUGUACUUGUAUAGUUUAAACAGUUAUUGUAUUAGCGCGAGGUUCUCAAAACAAUCGCCCGCCGCCCCAAAUGUAAUCGAACCGAAAAACGGUGUGAAAAACAUAAACACAUGAGCGUAGUAGAGCGCGCAGUUGCUGAGUAGCAUAUUAUGCUUGAAUAAUCUAUGUACCAUUCCUUCUACCAACACGGACUAACGACAAACAAAAUGGCCAGCCCAAACAAGCAAACAAGCAAACAAAAAAACCCAAGGCGGCAGAAAGCAAAAGUGCAGCGCGCAAUAGCAGCGCGCAUCUGUAAACCUCUACCACACUCAAAUUUUUGGCAACAGAAAUGUUAUUGAAAUGUUAUCAUUCGGUCACUGUUGAAAUGUUAGAAUAAAAAUAUAUGAACA